UGAGGACUAUUACUGUAGUCUUUCACAAUCAGCCAAUCAGCCCUCCCCCUGUCCAAGUGGCGUUAACAACCAGACACAGAGAGGCAGCUACGGAGCAGAUGAAGAUGAAUCCAUGGACCCUCUCUGUGCUCCUGCUGCUAGCUGGGCCGCUGGGGGCGGACCCUGACUGGCACGUGGAGUACCCUGACUCCUUCUGCGUGGUGGAGGGCUCCACCGCCACCAUCCCCUGCAGCUUCACCCACCCCGCGGUGCACAGAAGGACCAGCGUGGUGGUGGAGCGGGUGGUCUGGUGCCCCGAUCACAAGAUCUGCCACAACCCCACGCCCAACGUGUACGACAGCAGCAACCUCCGUGCCGACAGCAGGUUCCAGUACCUUGGGGACCUCGCCGGGAACUGCACCUUAAAGAUCAUCAAGACGGUGAAACGGGACGCUGCAACGUACCGCUUCCGCUUCGUGACCAAGGGCGAUAAGUACACCGGACCGAGAGGAGUCAGAGUCAACGUCACUGAUGGAGAGGAUGUGAAGGUCAGAAGCUCCGUCACUGACCAUGUGGUGAAAGAGGGCGGUCAGGUCACACUCACCUGUACCUCAGCCUGCUCCUUCCACCAAUUGGACGUCCUCUGGUACAGAAACAGCCACGCCCUAUUAGAGACAGGCCCCGCCCUCCACCUCAGCUCUCUGACCAAUAACAACGCAGGGGAUUACACCUGCUCUCUGGACUCCAGUGGGCAGAACACCUCUGCGCCUUGGUGUCUAUUGGUGUUGGUAGAUGAAGAUGGAGAGUUUGUGAAGGUCAGAAGCUCCGUCACUGACCAUGUGGUGAAAGAGGGCGGUCAGGUUACACUCACCUGUACCUCAGCCUGCUCCUUCCACCAAUUGGACGUCCACUGGUACAGAAAUGGCCACGCCCUAUCAGAGAAAGGCCCCGCCCUCCACCUCAGCAAUCUGACCAAUGACAACGCAGGGGAUUACACCUGCUCUCUGGACUCCAGUGGGCAGAACACCUCUGCGCCUUGGAGUCUGGUCGUGUUGGAAGAUGAAGAUGGAGAGGAUGUGAAGGUCAGAAGCUCCGUCACUGACCAUGUGGUGAAAGAGGGCGGUCAGGUCACACUCACCUGUACCUCAGCCUGCUCCUUCCACCAAUUGGACGUCCACUGGUACAGAAAUGGCCACGCCCUAUCAGAGGCAGGCCCCGCCCUCCACCUCAGCUCUCUGACCAAUAACAACACAGGGAAUUACACCUGCUCUCUGGACUCCAGUGGGCAGAAAACCUCUGCGCCUUGGAGUCUGGUCGUGAUGGAAAAGAAGUCUGGCUGGCGCGUCACAGUGCCGGUGGUGUUGGUGCUGUUGGCUGUGGUCCUUCUCCUCCUGGCUGGGCUGGUCUUCGCUAAAAGGAGACAAGCACAAAAGAAGGCAUCAGACGUGAUUCAAAAACUAGAGGUGCACUGUAAACAGGAAGCGGUGGGAGCUUCAGAGGAAGUCAGCUAUUCAACUGUCCACUUCAAACGCAAUUCCUCGAGGUCAGCCCCUGGACCGGAACAUGAGAUCGUCUACAGCGAGGUUGUUCGCUGAACCAAACUCAAGCAGCGACUCCUCUUCCUCCUCCAGUGAUGACGAGAUAAGGGAACACUGACGUCAUCAUUUAUCUUGUCUCUCACAGACUUAUUGGUUGAGUCUUGUUCUUUUCAGUUUCUAAUUCUGCUUGUAACAUUUCGGAUUUCAGUGUUUUAUAAAUUUGAGUUUUCUUUCUUUAUUGUGUGUUGUUGUUUAUUCUGAAAAAUCUCAAGGUUGUCUGAAUAACGGUGAGGUUUGUAAAGACCGGUUCUUCUCCAUUCUGGUCCUGAUGUCUAGGCUAUGUUUUUAAAAAAUACUUCUCAAUUUAGUUUCUUGAUGGCAAGGCGGCUCAGUCUUUCGUGAGCCUUUUCUUCUUCUGUUAGCUUACAGUAUUUAUGCAAUCAUAUCUUUACAGUCUAUGGGUCAUGUAGGCUUACAAUACGAUCUGUCAAGUUCUUAUCAUCUGUGGUUGCUGUGAUUAAAGUGAAGCCAUUUUAAAUACUGAUAAAGUUAAUGGGGGUCAGAUAAUAAUUGGCGUACCAUUCAUCCCUGAAAUUCAUUCCAAACUGUAAGCCUCGGACUCACCACUGCCAGUUGUCCUCUCGGGUAGGAUGGCCUGCUUUGUCCACUCGUAGGCUCAAUCACUACUGCAUUUUUAUUCAUGAGGCAAUACUUGGUGUGCUACCUAGCUAUUUAUGCUCCCUUAUCAUGCGGAAAAGUGCUGGUCCACACUUUUUACAUUCAGAGGACUUGGUGUUGCUUUUUGUCCCCAAUAUGUGGACAGAACAGGGUAAAAAGGCUUUUGUAUGCUCUGCCCCCACUGUGGAAUACGCUGCAGAAAGACCUAGGACUUGUUGAAUUAAUUUUGUUAAAUGCUUUUAAGUUGAAAAUGAAGGAAAUUGAGCUAGACUCUCUAAGAUAUCAGUGUUUUUGUUUCCUUGUUACAGAAAAGGAUAUUUUAAGAUCGAUGCAGUGUGAAUUGAUUUGCCUUAUUUUAGUGCUGUUUAAAUUGUUGUCCCUGUGUGUUUGUCUGAAACUGUUUGUCUGUAACUGUGGUUCAUUGUGCUGCUGCCUGCUUUAGCCAGGUCACCUUUGAAAAAGAUUUUAAAUCUCAAUAGGUUUUUCUCCUGGUUUAAUAAAGGUUAAAAAAAUAAAUA